AUGUCCGCUUUGUUCGUGACAAACAGCACAGUGGGAAAGGCACGCUCUUCCAACUUUACUCUGUCUGAGAAACUGGACCUGAUGCGGCUGGUCCAGCCACACAUUCGUAUUUUGGAGGAGCACACGAACAAGCACGCCGUGAUCAUAGAUAAGAACCGGUGCUGGGAAAGCAUAGCGGAGCGCUAUAACUGCCUCGGAGGUGAGAGGCCACCCCGGACCGCACAGGGACUUCGGACCCUAUACAAACGACUUAAAGAGAGCGCCAAGCAGGAGGUGGUUCAACGAAGCCAUGCCCAACCUGAAUAUCGGGGAAACAUCUCAGAACCAACCAAACGGAUCAUGGAGAUGAUCCCACAUCUAUUUAAUGCAGGGGAUAAAGAGCGUGGCACACUCCACAGGUUGCAGUACAAGAUGAACUCUCCAGCUGAGCAACCUGGCAGCAGUUCAUCUCUCCCUGCCAUGUCGGACUACGUAUCUGUGACCAGGACCGUGAGGGUGGAGUCUGAAGAUGUCAAACCUCCACCUGACCUCCAGAUGCUCGUCACGCACGAUUCACCCGUUACAGUGACUACCCCACAUAGUCAGGAACCCACCACACAGACUGAAAAUGACGUCCAGGAGGAGGAAGAAGAGGAACUCGUGUCCAGCGCCUAUGCGGCUUCUCUCUCGCCCUGCCCUUCCUCUGUAUGUCUUCCUCCAUCACCUUCAGCAGCCGCACCCAGGCAGUGCCUGUAUGAGAGGAGUGCGCCUUUGUAUAGAAACCCUGUACUGGAGGCAGAGUCUUUGCAGAUGAUGCGAGAAGAGCAUGAGCUUCUCAUGACCAAUCACAGAAAACUUGGACAGUAUCUAGAUGAGAAGAGAGAGGGACUGAAAAGAAAGCAACAGCUGGAGGAAGAACUUUUAAGAUCAAAAGUUAAAGUGGAGAAACUAAGGGCAGCACGCUUGCGCCAUGGGCUGCCACUUAUUUAAUGCAAAACAGAAUUUAAAGGGAAUCAAACUGAAGGUGUGCAGCCAGACAACACAGUUACCUCUGUACAGUUUAAUGCUUUAUUUUUAUAAUAUUAACCUUUUGUGUUUAAAGUAAAAACUCUGUAAA